AUGGCUCAUGAUGGACCCAAAAAGAGGAAAUGCAAACAACAAGCCAAUCCCUUGAGAAAGGGGAUUUUAUUAUUCUGCGCCGCCAAGAAUAUUCCAGUGAUGGAGGAAUCAACUGAGAUCGGGAGGACUGAAGAAUCGACACUGGGGAUAUCUGAUCUGCCAAAGCGGUUCACUAUCUAUCCGCCGUUACUAUUACUACCAUACAAUUUCUCCACGCAUUCGCCGCGCUGGAAGAGUGCCUACGAGGCGUUGAGUGAAGCAGACAGGAAAGAGUUGUUUCGAAAAGUUGUCGAAGGUGGGUUCGCUGGCAUGGGAAUUAGUCGGAUGGCGAUUAAUGCCCCGAUUGCAGCCGAUGAGGUUGUAGAAUUAGACAAGGCCACGGACACUGAUUGUGGAGGCCCGCGAAGGACGAAGAAUGUACUACGAAGCCCAUCUGGACUUGUCCCUCUCUUUGGUGACUGGGGUGCGGGCAAAAUUGACGACAAGGUCAGCGCGACCCCUGGAGAAGACAGUUUUCAACAAGCGUUCUGGGUGUCGACUUCUCAGCAUAAGGGCAUCACGCAGUGCUGGGCUCCGGUCUACACCAUGUUUAGCCGGGGUAAUAUCACUGAGAAGGCGAGGAUACUAGGUCUUGAUCCAGGAUCUGGAGAAUCGAUGUCAGCUUUUCAAGGACUUACAGAGACGGAGCUUGGAGAGGCUAUGCGGAACAUCGAUGUGGUUGAUUUCUACGUGGGAAUUGGGUAUUUUGCCUUUUGCUACCUCAAACGAGGUAUUCGGACUGUUUGGGGCUGGGACAUCAAUCCUUGGAGCAUCGAGGGACUCAGGAGAGGCUGUGAGGCCAAUGGGUGGAGGUGCCUUGUCCUUCAAGUCGACGGGGAAGGGAGCAUGCUGGGCAUGAGCAUUCCACAGCUGGCCGAAAACUUGGCCGAGGGCAUCAAGGAAGGGGGCGGCAGGGAAGUCAGAUGUGUCGCAUUCCUCGGGGACAAUCAAUGGUCGGCAAAAGUCAUGAGGGACAUUCACGACGAGUUGAAAGCCCUAGGUCCGUUGAAGCAGGGCUUGAACAUUAGGCAUGCAAAUAUGGGACUUCUUCCAAGCUCGCGAGGAAGUUGGGAGAAUGCAGUAGCCUUGGUCAGGGGGACAGAUGCUCAGGACAAGGAAACCUGGUUGCACGUCCAUGAGAAUGUCGAUGUGCAUCAGAUCGAUGGAACGGUGGCGAAGAUCGAGCAGGAGAUCGACGGACUUGCUAAAGCGAUGGAGGGAGAGAACGAGAGCCAUGUUUCAUGCACCAAUGUCCAUCAGGUGAAGACAUAUGCACCUGGCGUCAUGCAUUGUGUUUUUGAUAUCCAGAUCAAGCCGAAUGUCUGA